AUGGACUCUGUUGUUGCUCACAAUGAUAUGACCGUUGAUCUUCCACCGACUCUUAUGGGUGCAUUUCCAAAUGGCAUUCACCAAGAUGAAUCUAUGGAUCCUUCGGUAGAAGAACUAGAGAAAGAACUACCAGUUGUUUACGAUGGGCAGAUAUCACUUGGAGAUCUUAUUUCGCGUGUUGUUCAGUCAAUCUACGCAGAACUGUCGGAAUUUGCAGAAACCAUGCCCAACAUGUCUAAAGAAGCUCGGAAGCGCAAACUUGCAGAUUGGGUUGUACAUACGAAAAAGCAGGUCGUUAAACUCUACGCGGUGGCCAAAUGGUCUCGGGAUGCUGAUGCUGUCCAAAAAUGCAUGAAUAUCACAGCCUUUCUUAUGACCCAAAAUCAGCAAUUUGAUGAUGCCAUAAGAGGUUUGAAUUAUGGAAAAGAAUCCCUGGAUCCCGCGAGACUCCGAAAUCAUGAUCUCCUUACUUCUUUGGACGUCCUUACUAAAGGAUCAUAUUUACGUCUUCCAACCUGUAUCAAAAAAUUAGCGAUACCGCCUACACCAUUGACCGAUGCCGAGAUUCAUAAAACCCUUCUUGACAUGGAGGCAACUAUUCGCUAUCGUCUGCGUAUGACGGAGAUAAUUCCAGUAGAAAUGUCGGAUUAUCGAAUAGGAGCAGAAAAAACUUCUGGAUGGUUUUGCACUCAAGUAGAAUUCUUGAUUAAUGUUGGAGGGGAUCUUACUGGGUUGCAGGAGUUCCCUCGAACGCCCGUGGGUAUCAUCCGUCAGCAUAUAGUUGACGAGGCAGAUAAUCGGCUUGGGUACUAUUAUGAAGGACCUAUUUCAGUAGCACCUUCACUGGAAGCGCCCCAUAGGCCUCGAUUACCCCAGGGUGUGAUUGACACGCCUCUUGUACGCGUUUAUAAUUUUCUACAAAUGAUGUCCCUUUCAUACCAACUUGAAAUAUUGUGGUAUCAGGCUGAACGCAUGAGAUCUUUGGGAUGGGCCGACUAUUUAAAGUUUCUCCAUUUUUUUCUCAACAAUUUAUAUCUUAAAGUGAUCUUCAGACGUACCCCCGGACGUCAUAAAAUACCUCCUCUCGGCGGUACGUUGACCAUAUCCAUCAUUGAAACGCACGCGCCGCCACAGACAGGUCCAGGACCUGCUCGCACUUCGAGGCAACGCGUGGCUGCACGCCUUCAGCAAAAGGCCAAGUUAGGAAGGGCAAAACCUUCAGAUGAAGUGGAGGGUCUCAAAUUUUCUGUUGUUUGGGAACCUACCAAAGGCGCUCUUGGUGUUAUCGUUUCUGCGGAAGAUACACAUCUUCCCGAAAGCGUUUUGUAUAUCGAUGCUGAUAAUAUCGAUUUUGAACGCCUUUUACGGAUGACAAUUCAACAGCACACAAAGGCCCUUUUGCAAACCUUUCAAAAUCAAUCGCAACAUGGGCCAACCAAAGUAUUUUCCCAACCCGGAGUGGUCACGCUCAUUUCAGAAAGUACAUCAGCUUUUCCCAUGAGCCUGCAAGCACUGCGGGUGCAGCUUUGUGAUGAAGAAGUUGUCAUCGUCACGAUUGACCCCAGAACCGGAAAGCUAGAUUUGAGAGACACUGGCGACCUUGCUGCUGCCGGCCGCGGCCCUCGAUUCAGAGUAGUGACUGAUAGGUUAAAUGAGAACCCCGCUGCCUUAUUUGACGCCUUGUUCACUAUGCGCGGUUCAACAAUUAUUGACUUAGCGGAACAAAAAGCAAACUAUCUUGGUUUACAGGUAUAUCGUCGUCGGAGUUUCCCAAAGCAAGAAAUGGAGAAACUCGGUCCAGAGCAUACUUGGUCACUAUUUAUUCAGCUCGCCAAUUUCCCGAGUCAUUAUCUUGUCCUUGUAGUGGCAGAGGAACGCUUUAAAUUUGCCUUGAUUACCACCAAGCCUAUCGAAAAUGCGCCGUUUACGACCAUGGUAAUGGAAGAUAUCGCUUGGCUCGAUUUUGACCGAAUUCGAGAGGCAGCGUUUCCUUCUGCUGCACGGUCUUCUCGAAGAACUCUCAACAAGUCUGAAGAUAUUACCUCACAUAACGCACCGGUCGAUCGAUCAGACAAAGUCGCCCCUUCUCGUGCUCGCGUUGCAUUCAUUAACGUCGAAAGGCAAUUCAAAUUACGUGGAAUUCCAUUCACCCAUGUCAACCCUGCAACUAGUUCUUCAAUCUCUCCAGAGCUUACGUGGAUACAAUCAUCCCUUGCCCGUUCUGUUCCUGCACUCUGUGUUCAAUCAGAACAUAUUUUGUCCGGGGCCCCUGCAGCGGAAGCAGCAAUGCCAAAUAUCAGGGUUAUACCGCUAAAUUGGUGGUCUAGUGACAAAGCACAGGUCGUAACUUGUGUAAAACUGAAAUACGUUCAGCAACCCAUUGGCAAAAAAGCCAGUGGGAGUGCUGUCAUUCGCCCAUCAAAACGAAUCAUUUACGACACCACUGAAGCUGUUGUUUCAUUUUUAUCUGAGAAUGUCAAUACCUGUGUGGAUGAAUUCUUAGAAGAAUGGGCCAAAGUAUCAAAAAUGGUUGUUAUUGCCAGAGAAGUUGCGCAAAUGUCUAGCCAUGCAAAGUGGCGUGAUGUGCGAUUGCUUUCUUUCGACCUGCAAACUGUUGAAUUCGCCUAUGCUGAGAGUUAUACAGUCUCCAUCACCUGCGAAGACCAACUUUCAUCUACAGGCGGCAGCUUUAAUCUCGAGUUUUCUCGGAUUGAACCAGAAGAUCAAAAUGCAAUGGAAACGGAUAUAGGAUUCGACUCCUUUAAUCCUCAUGAAGAUGCCGAACCCUUUUUCCGCGAUAUUUUAAGACAUGCUCACGGUCGCCUGGCUCCUUCCCUUCAUUAUCUGGUGACACUUCUCAGGAAUACGCUGCCUAUCGUAGUCGAGUUACACAAGAUACGCCAGGAUUGUGAUGCGAAAGGGAAACAUGUUGAUGUCUUCGCGAAGGCAGCGGGAUGGUAUCGUCUCUUGUAUGGUGAUUUGAAACAUGGCCUUGAUUUCAGAUUGAUGACAUCCCAGAGGGUGGCGAUCCUUGAUGCAUCCCAUUCGUUAUUUGAUGCAGGGAAACAGAAUUCUCUAGUGGAUGGGCUAGGUCUACAACCUAUACCCCGUUUGCGCGAAAUCAUUUCGGAGGCAGUACGAAAAGGUUUGACCUCUGGAACAUUACCAGUAGGCAAGAUUGCUGCCGUUGAUGUAGGAGUGGUCUGCAACGGUGGCAGCAUUGGUUUCCUUACAUCUGCUAUCCAUGACCAGAUUUUAAAGGAACUAGACUCUAAUAUGGUUCUUUAG